CAGGGGGCGCUCGGUCACACAUUAACAUCAAGUUAAUGUGUGACAGGGCGCUGUCAACCAUAUUGCUUCCUUGUGGAACAAUAAAAAAUGUAAAUACCACGCAACUUGAACCUUGAAUGUUUGUGUUGUGUUUUAAUGUCAUAGCCUGCUUUUAAAUGAGUGCUAUAAAGCAGGAUUUCGUAGUCCUCUUUUGUGGCACAGACUCCGAAAACCACUGACAAUUAUACGUCGGUGUGCCAUGAACACGAUGCCGGAGUCAGAUUUUGUGAUUGUAUUUGCAAAUGAAACACAAUGACUCGCCUGUGUUUGCUUCCUCCCCCCUACCUUAUCACCUGUCACAAUAACCUUUCCCCACAUCCUGGCUCUGUGUUUGACACGCUCACACUCGGACUCAGAGAAUGUGAAGAGGACACAUAGUUGUGAAUGCAUUUAAAGGAUCUGGAUCAGAGGGAGUGUAAAGGUGCAAGGUUGUCAAGGUGAAUCAUGUCCCUCGCAGGCGGUCAGAUGACUUUCUUGCCCAAGUUUGUCUUCAGCUGCAUCAUGGUGUUGUGUUUCGCUGGACUUUUCUUCAUUUAUUACAAGCCUCAUAUCAACUUCCCCACUUUUACCGUUCACACGGAGAGAGGUGACCACUCUUGUCAGUGUCCAGUGGACGCAGUGGAGCAGAGAUCGAACCCCAACUGUUCCUCAGAGCCGCAGAUCGACCCAACUGUCGUCCAGAAGAUCCAGGAGGGCGCUGAGCCCGACACUGUUGUCUUGGUCUGGUUCUGGCCGUUUGGCUUUCAGUUUGAUCUCAGCUGCGACACAUACAACGUCAAAAGAUGCGUCUUGACGGCGGACAAGGCUCUCUAUGAUGAAGCCCAUGGUGUUCUCAUCCACCACAGGGACAUCAGAGGGGACAACUUGCCAAAAGAUCCUCGUCCCUGGUUCCAGAAGUGGGUGUGGUUUAACAUGGAGUCACCAGCAAACACACAGCAAGUAUCUCACAUUGAUGAAUUAUUCAACUUGACCUGCAGUUAUCGCCUGGAUUCAAACAUCCCUGUGCCUUAUGGACAUUUGGAGUCACGAGCAUCUGGAGAGGAGACUUUCCAAGUGCCACCAAAGGACAAGCUGGUCUGUUGGAUUGUGAGCAACUGGAACCCAAAUCAUAGACGAGUUGAGUUCUACAAUGAAUUGAAAAAACAUGUGACUAUAACUGUUUAUGGGAAAGCUUUUGGAAAACCAGUCAAUGGUGAAGAAUAUAAUCACAUUGUGUCCAGUUGUAAAUUUUACCUGGCCUUUGAAAACUCUGUGUACAAAGACUACAUUACAGAGAAGUUGUUCCUUCCUAUGAAAUUAGGAGCUUUACCCGUUACUCUGGGCCCUACAAGGCAAAACUAUGAGGACCAUGUCCCAGGUGAUUCUUUCAUUCAUGUCGAUGACUUCUCCACCGCAAAGCAGCUGGCAGACAGGCUACUUUACCUCGACCGAAAUGAUACUGAAUAUAUGAAAUACUUUGACUGGACAAAAAGGUAUCAAACUAAACUGUCAGCGCUUGGUCGAGAACACGCCUGCGAAACAUGUCGCUUCUUACAACAACACGGAAGGUACCAAGCUUUUCGAAAUCUUAAAAAGUGGUACUGGGCUUAAAAAACAAAAAAGGUCAAAGCCAAAGCAGUCGUCCCUCCACGUGAUUUCACGUCAAGUCAGUGCGGUGGAAACCCUCAAGUGCAAAUCACAAUGCAAGUGUGUAUGUCUUUAGUUAUGUGUUGUUUUCCUCUGUGUGGUGGUGAUUUGCACUCCAGGGCCACCGUACCUUUAUUUCUACACACAAUACCUCAGUUGUAGAAAAUACAUAAAUAAAAUAAAGAAAAGGCCAGUAUACAUACAUAUAUAUUUAUAUAUAUAUAUAUAUAUAUAUACAUGUAUAUGUAUAUGUAUAUCCUAUGAAAAUGUCAGUAAAUAAUGGUCAAAUAUGAGCUGUUGUAUUUAUACGAGUGAAGGUUUGCUUGAACUCCAUGUGUAUCUACCUCACCACCUCUCCUCUGUGCCCCAUUUUCCUUUUCACCCCAACCUGUCUAGGCAGGUCAGAUGGCCGCAACAUCUUUAAGUCUGGUUCUUCCUGUUAAAAGGGAGGUUUUUUUGUUUUUAUUUUCUGCUCUCCACUGAUGCUUAAAUGUUGGAUUUUGGCGCUCUACAAAUAAAAUUGAAUUGAACUAUA